AUGACCCCUGACCUGAGUGAUGUAAACACGCUUCCACGUGCACGUGCAUGACGUGCGUUUACGUUCUCGAUCACAUCAAAACAAAAAUGUUGUGAUUGAGACUGUCUUGAAGAGAGUACUUAAACGAAAUUAUGGCUCUUGAAGUGUUACAAAAAUCAGUUGAAGCUUUGCUGGGACCUCAGGGAUUCGAACUUCACCCAUUUAAGAUAGGCUGGUACAACGAGAAAGUCCAAUCAAUUUUCUACCUGCCGUACCACAAGGAUACAAUAGCCUUCUGUGUUCUGAGUACUCCUUCUAUGUAUGAGAAGGCCUUCCUACCCUAUGUCAGGUCACUCACAGCGUUAACAAGCAGGGACCCGCUAGAUGAUUGUGUGGCACACCAGUACCAAUGUCUGAAAGAGAGUCUUCCAGAUUACAAAAUUGAGACCAUCCAAGAUUACGAGCUGCAUCCCAACAGGAGACCCAAAGUCCUGGUCCAGACAGUGGGCCAUGUUGCUGGUGCUGCUUAUUACUACCAGAGAUCCGACAUGAAGCAUGAUCCCUGGGGAGAAAAGAAAAUAUUUGGCGUCAGCAUCCACCCAAAGUACGGAGGGUGGUUCGCAUUCCGAGGCAUCCUUAUCUUCCCCGAGGUUCAACUCCCUCUGGUGCAGAGGGAUCCUCCUAACGUGAUCAAGACUGACGACGCUCUAAAAUAUCUCCUGGACCAGUUCAACGACAACUGGAAGGAGAACAAAUACAGGGACUGCAUCGAUGUCGUGGAACGGUACUCCCAAGAACAGAUUGAAUAUUUCAUGACCCCACCGUCCCAGAGGGGGAAGCUUCUGGGGUUCUCUGCUGACGAGACGAUAGCUGAAAGCGUGGCGGACCGCUUUCAUUAACAGUGUGACUGGGUUGAAGCAGUUGCCAACAAAUGUGUAGAAUUCCAGCAAAUAGACCAACUGGUACAUUAACCCUCCUAGUCUUCUGCACUUCACAACCCUUCCAAGUUUUGCGAAAUCACUUUUGCCUAUAGAGUUAGUACCCACACUUCAAAUUCGUUUGAGGUACUCUGUAGAGUGUCUGGAAACCUUAAAACCCUGCACAUAGUCAUUUGUGUGCAUGCUUAUACUAAGCUGUGGGCAAGCAAGCAGAUUUGGUCACAUUUCACUGCUCUCCAAAGUGCUGUUUUUAUGCAGUGACUCCAUGUCCUUUCACCUGAAACUGAUGACCUGCAGAGUUUUAACCAGUUAAUGUCAGACGACGUGCAUACAGGCAAAGGUUUUGCGGUAUUCGGAACGGACAAUGGUUAAACACGCAAUGAGCGAGGCAGGAAAUAUCUGUCGGCGACCCGCUUGUAGCAAGGGAGGCCGGAAAUAUCAGGGUGUGCUACCCGCAGAUGAUAGCCUGAACCUGUCUGGCACCGAGGUUCAUGAAAAACAAUCCCGCGCCUGGGUCCGGUCAAUGUCAAAAUAAUCCCGGCGCGAAAUGGUUAAAGGGUUUUACAUAUUGCUCCGAGUAUUGACAUUCCAUUAAGAGAGUUACACUUGUUGACUUGUUAGCACAAGUGCUACAAUGUCAUAUAAUAAGGGAAUAAAUGUGUGCUUUGGAGGUUUUAAUCACUCUGUUUAAGACCGCUUUGAGUCUGGGUGCUGAUAAUUACCUGAGCCGAAGGCGAGGGU